UCUUGCCUCGCUCCUCAGGUCAAAAAUCAACCUUCUUCCCCGCCCUCCGCAUUCGGCCGCGCCAGCUCCCACCUCACAUCAACAUUUCCAACACGCACGUCGCGACACCGGACCGCCGCCCCAGCGAGUCUCGCUCACCGUCCAGGACAUCUCCGAUUGCCGAGUUCUUCCUGCGAGCUCCGUUCGCACCUCACGCCACGCCCGGCCCGGGAGGGGUCACCCGCGCCCGCCUGUGCCGUGUCUUGUCUUGUCUCACCGCGACUGUCCGUCCCCCGUGCCCUGCAUGGACGUCGUCUCUGCCGGCGGGGCGACGCCCGUCUCGCCCACAAGUCCCAUGAGCGCCCGUCAUGCGCCCAAUGGGCCUCCCAAGAGGAAGCACAGCAGCAUGGCCCUCGAUAGCAGCCCAGGCAGCAAUGCCGGUCACGACGAUGACAAUGGCGAGCCUGAUUCCAAAAAGCGCCAGCCCGGCGUCAAGCGCGCAUGUAACGAGUGUCGACAACAGAAAUUGCGAUGCGAUGUUGUUCAAGACCCUUUCCAGAGCUGUUCACGGUGUAACCGCCUCAAGCUUUCCUGUAAGAUUGAGUCCAACUUCAAGCGCAUAGGCAAGCGGUCGAAGCACGCCGAGAUGGAAAAGGAAAUCGACAGAUUGCGACGCAACAUUGCACGCGCCCAAAAUCAGGGUUACACCGUCGACGAGGACGAACAAGACCUCCAAUCCCCGGUUGCGACAAGCGUGUACACACACACUAGAAACCCUUCCCUGAUGGGCUCCGACGAGGCUGUAUCCUCCCUGUUGCACCUCAAGAGAGGAGGGUCGUACAGCCUACCACGCUACACUCACGAGCUGGAGAACGUACGCCUGACCGAGGAGUCAGUCAAUCAGCUCUUCAGUCAAUUCUUCGCAUACUACCACCCUUUCUUGCCUUUCCUCAACCCGCAACAGACGCCUGAUCAGUAUUUCCAACAACACGCCCUUUUGUUUUGGUCCAUCAUUUCGGUUGCUGCUCGCCGGUAUAGCGCAGACACUACGUUGUUGACCUCGAUAUCUGGACCUCUAACCAGAUUGCUGUGGUCAACCAUUGGAGAUGUUCCCAGCAGCUACUUUGUCGUCAAAGCUCUUUGUCUGCUAUGCACUUGGCCUCUGCCAACAAGCACGACAAGUGCUGACCCUACGCACAUUCUUUGUGGUGUUAUGAUGAAGGUUGCGACGGGUAUUGGCCUACAUAGACCAAACCACAGUCAAGACUUCUCCAGAGUAUCGGUCGACCUCAAUAAAGAGCAGCUGCAUGACCGUGUGUCAACAUGGGCUGUCUGCAAUAUUGUGGCUCAGACUAUUGGUACUGGCUACGGCCAGCCGGCAUCGACCCUGUACGACUGGACCUUGGCCGUUCGACGAGGCGAAGAUGGUCCCUUCCGAUUGACCCCGGAAUUGGAGGCUAGACUCCAAGUCGAAAGAUUCUGCGACAAGGUGUCCAAGGAAAUGUACAGCAACGCUAGCGAUCCUCGCGGGGUUGCCGGUGACGAACAUCGAGCCAUGUUGAUGAGAGUCUACAGAAAGGACUUUAACGAACUUCAGGCGUCGGUCCUCUCGCAGCAUCUGGGACCAAUCGUCAACUUACAUAUGCGAGCCGCAGCACUCCAUUUGCGUCUAGCUGGCUUCUUUGACUCGAGUACCACACCUGGCUACAUCGAUGAUCUCAUGGGUCUUUGGAGGGCUACCACAAGCUUCUUGGAUAACAUUCUUGAGGUCGACAAGGUCACAUCACCCGGACAGAACUCUCCCGGAACAAUCCUGCUUUAUGCGACGAAUUACAUCCAGCAAAUGUUGAUCGCGGCGGGUUUUGCCCUACUCAAGCUCAUGCGGUCGUUCUUUGCCAAAACGAUUGAUUUCGAUCGUGGCCGCAAUCUCUUCCACCAGACAAUCAAUGCCAUUCGUGCUACGAGCGUCGUGAACAACGACCUGCAGUGGCGUUUAGCAGAGCUAAUGGUGCAAAUGUGGAACGGAGCUCGACUCGAUAACAACAGCACGGCUUCCUACGACAACGACGAUUCACCACUACUCAUUGACGACACCUUACAGCUCAAGGUGCGCUGCCGCCAUAGCAUGAGUCUUGUAUUUGACUCUGUCUGGCGAUGGAGGGAAGAAUACCAAGCCCAAGGAAGAGGUUCAAUUGAUGCCAUGAAACAACCUACUAAUCCAGACUCAGCGAACGAGUCCUCAGCGUCAUCGACCCAUUUGGACAGCACACUCAUGCCGGCAACCCAAGGACUGCAAGCGAACAGCCUGCUCGCUGCCAAUGGAGCACUCACUCCUGGCAACUCUGGCGGGAUCGGAAGUCAACCACCUAGCAACAGCAUGCUGAGCGGCAUGAGCUACGGUGAGACCAACUACGAUUUCUUUGACCCACAGCAUUGGAUGCUAGACGGCCUCUUGGACUUCAACUAUAAUUUUGUGCAACCACUCGAGGGUGCAUAGAAGUCGACAGAGAUACGAUAUGGGAGAGCCAUUGCGUUAUAACAUCCCCACAGGAGUGCGAACGAAGGCAGAACACAUACGUUGGGGCGAGUUUCAAGAUCUGCAGAUAAGCAGCGGACAGCUCGAUCACAGCUUGCCAGAAAGGAGUGAGUGAAUGCCCCUUCGGCAGACGUUGUAUUAGGCCCCUCCGUUGGGGUCCGGGGAUGAGUGACUAGGUUUGCAGCUCUCAGCGAUCCUUCCAUGCUCCGAGAUGCGCAACAUCACUGCUUUGCGACUGCAUUGCAACCGGAUAUAUUUGGACCAGCGAAAGACGGAAAUCUUUCUAUUACGUUAUACACCUGCUUUUGCCAUUGGUAUCCCAGAAUGGAAGCUCUCGACCAACAAGCGAUUCUCGUUGGUACACUACACUUAUUUGCCUCAUUUUUUUACAUCUCGGGUUUCCUAGCACAGUCUGUUGAUGACGGUAUAAUCACGCGUAUAUUCGACAAUGAGCUCCACGAUAUGAUCAGGCGACAUCGGGUUGCGGCUUCGGUUUCGGCGGUCGUCUUGUACGUUUUCAUUUCUUUCCUCGGAGGCUCUAGUGUCUGGUUUCUUUUCUCCUUUCUGGGAUCAUCAAAGCAUUGGCAAUAGCGGGUGAAGGUGUAGGUUUCUUUUCCACGAGCACACACUUGCGCAAAAGAACGCUGUGAUUAGCUGUAGCUUUGUUUCAG